CGCCCGCUUUCCGUGCGUGGCCGCCUGGGGGAAGGACAGCAUAACUGUCCGACUCGUCCCUCCCAAAAGGAGGCGGCCGGAACCAUUGGUUCCUAAUUCCUUGCUACACAAGUCUCUGGGAGACCUGCGGAAUCCUAAACUCGUAUUGUUCUCUGACAGAGUUAUGCUUCAUCACUACUGCCAAACUCCCGAUCCUGUGCACCAUGAGGUCUGACUCUUACAAUUUUUUCCUGAGAGGAAAUUUGGAAGUCAAUGACUGUUUCCGGGAGGAGCUGAGAAGGCGAUGCUCACUUCCGGCGGAGGGAGGCUUCUGACCCGGGAUGGAUCAGGCGGAGGAGCUGCUCUUGGAGGGGGAGAGGCUGCAGUUUGCCCCCAAGCCGCGCCUGGACCCGGGCUCAGGAUGGAGCCCUUCCGGGGAAGGCUGUGCUCAGGGCCUCAAAGACUUCCCACCCUGGCCGACCCGAGCCGUCCACGCUUUAAAGAGCCUCCCCCGGGGUUUGGCCCUUGGCCCCUCGCUGGCCGAGGAACAGCGCUUGGGGGUCUGGUGUGUCGCGGAGCCUCUGCAGCCGGGACUGCUCUGGGGGCCGCUGGAAGAAGAGUCUGUCUCUGAGCAGAAGGACGAGGUUGUGAAACCACGGCAGGAGAAGGACGUGUCACUAGGCCCAUGGGGAGACGUGUGUGCUUGUGAGCAGAGUUCAGGCUGGCCCAGUUUGGUGCAGCGGGGCAGGCUGGAGGGUGAGGGAAACGUGGCCCCGGUGUGGAUCAACGAGAGGCUCCACCUGCAGGUGUACCGGGUGGUGCUACCUGGCUUUGAGUUGCUACUGUGGCCCAGGACUCCAGCUGAGGGCAUCAGCCCUACCCAGCCCACGCUAGAAGAAGAGGCAGCUGUGGCUGUGGUGACAGGAGUGGAAUCUGCUGUACAACAGGAAGCGGCCUCUCCUGAGGAGGAUGCAGCAGAACCUUGUACAGAUCAUGGUCACCAGUCACCUCCCAGCAUCCAGGCAGAGCAUAUGGUGAGCUCUGGACUUAAGCUUCUAACCCAGGACCAACUUUCCAAGGAGAGCCAAACAUUUGUUCCGUUGCCUCAGGAUGGCAGCGUGUACGAGGAGUCCCCACCCCAGACACAGAUGCCACCUGAACCUCAGAGCAGUGAGGCCACUUCAUCUUCUGGGGGCACCCAGCUGCAUGCUUACCUGGUCAAGAAGUUACGUAGCCCCAGUAAUCAGUGCCCACCCAGAGCAAAAACCUCAGAGCACAAGGUGCAGCAGGCUGGAGAGCAGCACCCCAGCUUCUCUGCACGUUUGAGGAACCCUCCUGGCCCGGUGGGAGGCUCUCCAAAACAGGGGCGACGGUACCGGUGUGGCGAGUGUGGCAAGGCGUUCCUGCAGCUGUGCCACCUGAAGAAGCAUGCGUUCAUGCACACAGGCCACAAGCCCUUUCUUUGCACCGAGUGUGGCAAGAGCUAUAGCUCAGAGGAGAGCUUCAAAGCCCACAUGCUGGGACACCGUGGGGUACGGCCCUUCCCCUGCCCACAGUGCGACAAGGCCUAUGGCACCCGACGAGACCUCAAAGAGCACCAAGUGGUGCAUUCAGGUGCCCGACCCUUUGCUUGUGACCAGUGUGGCAAGACCUUUGCCCGCCGGCCCUCCCUACGGCUGCAUCGCAAGACCCACCAGGUGCCAGCUGCCCCAGCCCCAUGCCCGUGUCCCGUGUGUGGGCGGACCCUGGCCAGCCAGGGCUCCCUGCGGAACCACAUGCGGCUCCACACAGGGGAAAAGCCCUUUCUGUGCCCACACUGUGGCCGGGCGUUUCGCCAGCGGGGCAACCUGCGUGGGCACCUGCGGCUGCACACAGGGGAGCGCCCUUACCGCUGCCCGCACUGUGCCGACGCCUUCCCACAGCUGCCUGAACUGAGGCGCCAUCUCAUCUCCCACACUGGGGAGGCCCACUUGUGCCCCGUGUGUGGGAAGGCCCUCCGAGACCCACAUACGCUGCGUGCUCACGAGCGCCUGCACUCGGGGGAGAGGCCCUUCCCAUGCCCCCAGUGUGGCCGUGCUUACACACUGGCCACCAAGCUGAGGCGCCACCUCAAAUCCCACCUGGCCGACAAGCCCUACCGCUGCCCCACCUGUGGCAUGGGCUACACCCUCCCCCAAAGCCUCAAGCGGCACCAGCUCAGUCACCAGCCUGGGGCACGCUCUAGCCCCCCCUGUGUGCCUCCUGCUUCUGAGCCCACAGUGGUGCUACUGCAGACUGAGCCAGAACUGCUGGACACAUGCAGCAAACAGGAUGCCUCCCCAGCCCGGGAUGUCUUCGAAGUCACCAUUUCUGAGAGCCAGGAUAAGUGCUUUGUGGUGCCGGAGGAGCCAGGCCCCGCACCCAGCCUGGUGCUCAUCCAUAAGGACUUAGGCUUUAGCACCUGGGCAGAAGUGGUGGAGGUGGAGACAGGCACCUGACACCCUCGCCUUUCCCCGGCAGAGCUCUAUAUAAAGACAAGCGUUUUCUA